AUGUUUUGUUUUUCUAAUAGUAAAUAUUUUGAACUAUUUAACACAGUGUAUACGGAAGACUUCGUACACCUUCUCUUACAUUUAAUACAAGUAUAUGAUGGAACCGGGAACAUAUGAUAAUUUGGAUGUAGAAAUUGAGUUAAAAAAUCGGACUGAACAAGACAACAUUUACGAAACUCUUCAACAUGGUACAGGAGAGCUUGCAGAUAAAACUACUCCUUCACCCAAGAAGUGCACACCACUUUUGUUUUGGUGUACCCUCGUAAAUUCAAUUUUGAUUGGACUGUUGAUUAUCGCAGUAUCUGUUUCUUUAUACAUGUGUAUAAACGUUUCAAAGGCUUCAAAUAGUAAAGAGAGCAUGGUAAGCGUGGCACUUAAUGUGGAAAAUAUUAAGAAAGAUCUGGAGAAGAGUACUUCCGGUUUAAAUGACUUACAGGCAGUUACAGGUGAACUAAACGCCACUUGCAAGGAUGGACUUUUAGACUUGUCGAACAAGUUUGCGGCUUUGGAAAAGCAAAUAAAUGAGUUGGAUCAGGAAACGGAGAAAAAAACACAGACAGUAGCCUUUAAUGUAAUGGAUUCCUAUAGCAUCACGGGAAAUGGAGCCAUGAAAUUCUCAAAAAUUGUACUGAACGAAGGCGACUCGUACGACAAUGAUACGGGGAUAUUCACAGCGCCCAUUGACGGGAUUUAUCAGUUUAAUGCACAUAUUUGCAUCAAGAAAGGUGUUCAAAGUGUAAAUUAUUACAUAAAGGUUGGCGAUAAUUCGAUUGUAACCGGAGAGUUCUUUGUGCCUGAUGAAGCCAACGAUGCAAAAUGCACGUCAUUCAGCGCAGCUGCGUUGGUUCGAAAAGGAGAAAAUGUUCGAGUUGGUGGAAUGUCUUUCUCCGAAUUGGAUAGACAAAAUGACGACCUUUCUUCUUUCUCAGGAAUACUGAUACGAGCAGCAUAAUUUUACGGUAUUAUAAAAAAGACAAGCAGCGACAUCCGCCAUUUGCCGCCGCAACGUUCGGCAUAAAUAUUUUUCCCUUUGGCUACAAUUGAUUACUAUUUUAUCAGAAUUUUGUUCCCGUUAUCGUUGUCAACUAUCAGGUAUCGUCCGGAUAUAACUUUCACGAUUUAUUGUUGAUACGUGUUGACAUGUAAAGGCUGCAUUAUAACGGUCGUAUUCGUGUUUUGAUUUGUUAACAUGGAGAAAACAGACACUUUAGGCUAUAAUAGUAACAUUGUCCAACUGAUAUUGCCUAACUGAAAAAAAGAAUAUUAAAACAUGAUCCAUAGUUAAAUAUUUUAGGCACUCAUCUGGUAUUUAUUACAAGGAAAUGUGAAAGUGUUCCAUGUAUUGACUGCCAUAAAGAGAGUACUAGAAAAAUUCAAACAAAAAUCAAGCAUAUCAAGGGGGAUAACUUACGCCGAACGUUGUGGUUAAUAGAGGAUGUCACUCCUUUUCUUUUUUCAAUAUACCGUAAAUUUGACUGAUUUUUAAACUAGCAGAUUAUAUUAAAUUGAGAUAAUAUAAUUAUAGACCACCCACUCGUAUAAUAUGAAUAGAUAUUAAAAGGUCGGACAAAACAUCUGUAGAGCCGGUACGGAUUCGGAUUUAUGCGCCGCAAUAUGCGAUCCUGUUCCAGAGUUCAUAUUAUGUUUUGGACCUACGUGGAGCUCCUUUUAAUUACUUUUUGAAUUCACUUUACUAAAACGAUUUUGACUGAUCAAUUUUUAUAAAAAAAAUUCA